GAGACCCAUAAUAUCCAAUAUUUUCCAAACAUUAAUUGCAAAAUAGAUUAUUUGGCAUGAGGUUAUUACAGCCUUGAAUAGGUCAAUAGGUCAAAAAAAAGGGAACAACAAAAAGAAACACAUUAAAGUCAAAGAUCUGUUGUCACUGCAUUUUGCCAAAAGUCAACAUGAAACUAUCAACAUGUGAAGAAUAAAUAAAGUCACUGCUAAUAAAAAGCUACAGAAAGUCAGAUUUAGCUGUAUUCAGUCUUGUGUAAAGCCGCAGUGUUCAGCUCCACAGAAUUAACAAAAAAAAACAAAAAACUGUGUAAACACAUGUAAACACUGAGAUGUACUGUUGAGGAUCAGAACAGCAGCAGUUGCAGAAAACCUGACAAUAUUCACGUUUCAGGCGAUAAAACCUUUUUCUGUAAAACAUAAACAUCUGUCUCUACCUUUAAAAUAACAAACCAACAAUGAAACGUGUGAAAUGUUUAAAAAGAGCUCACGGCGGAGUUUAUUAGAGGUACGAGGCUGUCUGCUCGCGGUCACAAACACAGCGCACAGCCAGCAGAGGGGCGGGGCCGCACGUGGACUGUUUGUCGUGAGGAAAUGUUGAGGAGAUCCCCAUGGCAACCGGGCAGCCGUAGGAGCUCCGCUACCGUAUUUAAAGCAGCUUCAAUGGAGCGGCGCCAGUCUCAGCCGUCCGAAGUCAAGAUGGCCAAUCACGCCAAGCUCUCUCUGACUGUUUCUGCCACUUUGCAUUUCUCUCUGCUGAUCCUCUACGAGCUCCGCGCCGAGAUGGUGGACGCCUGCGAGCACCAGAACCUGACCACCAGCGAACAGGCUGCCCAGCAAAUGCACGAGCUCCGCCCGGCCGCCUCCAGGUGUCUCAGCGCCGAGAAGGUGAAGGCCCGCGAGCGAAAGUUUGACGUCAACCUGAAGAAGCUCGACCUUCAGCGCGACGCCCGCGAGCACCAGGAGCUCACCACCUGCGAACAGGCUGCCCAGCAAAUGCACGAACUCAACGGCCGCGCGCUGUCUCCGUGGCGUUACUACAUAGACCGAAACGACAGCAGGUAUCCACGUGACAUCAUCUUUGCCGAGUGCCUUUGUAAGGGAUGCAUCAUCGACGGGCGCGAGGUGAACGACUACAACUCUGUGGAGGUUCGGGCUCCGAUGGUGGUCCUGAUGAAGACCAAGUGUAAGGACGCAGACACAUAUCGAGUCCAGAAGACGCGUAUCGAAGUCCCGGUGGGCUGCACUUGUGUAAGGCCCAAAAUUACUAAGUGAUCUGAGAAACUAAGCUUUACUCACACUGAAGGCCAUUUAUAGCUGUGCAGCACCUUCACUUACACUAUAAGAAUAUUUAUCACAGCUUUCUGCCUGCAUGUGAAAAUGUUUUCUGUAAGUAGUAGUAGAAGAUUUUCUGUCCUGAAGCUGCCAGUCCACACCACAAUAUGUCAGCAACUAUCCAGGCCCGUUUUGGUCUGGAUAGUUGAGAGAAACUAACCGUGAUCGGUCAUUCUGGAGUCUUAAUCAUAAACAGCACCAACACUAAAGCGCAGACAGACUCAGAGGCUUCACGUCCUCAAAGAGCCUCAGACCUUUGCUGUGUGACAGAAAACUAUUACAGCUGCUGCGCUGCUUUGUGCAAAUACAUAUCAAGCUUAUUUAAUAUAGCACUUUAUCUCCAACUACCUGUAACUUUCCUUCGUCAUUCAGACGUUACUUGCAAGUGAAAACUGGUGGUGAUUUCUUUUUGUUUAAAACUGAGUUGUGAUGAAGACGGAUCCAUCAUCCGUCCGAGCGUCAGUCUGCUCUGUAGAGUUUAAUGAGUGACUUAAAUCAGGCAGGACUGCAGUCAGUCAGGUUUUUUGAUUAUUUCUUGGAAUAACUCGUCUGAAAGCAGCUUGUUUCCACCUUUCAGUAAACGUCCAACCAACAGACCAGAAACUCCAAAGAAAGUGAGAUUUCUUCCCAUGUUUUUUUAAAAUUAAAAAGUCUCUUUUUCCUCACACGGUUAAAACUGUAAGACCUGCAGGUUUAACCUCUGAAGCACAGAGACUUCACCAAAGACACGAGGAUGUGCUUUCACACUUUAGUAUUUAUUUUGUUGUAUUUUAUUGUAUUUUUUGAGUAGUUUGCACAUGCAGAUUAAUGUGAAAUGCCACUAAAGCAGAGUGCCGCUGUAGCUUCACUUUAUGCCAGAGCGGCUGGAAGCGUGAACAGAAGAUGAAUAGUUCAACAUUUGGGCAAAUUUGAGGCCAGGAGACGUUAGCUUAGCUGAGCACGAAGCCUCGAGUUUUAAUGCAACGAUGAGUCCAAGGGAAGAUUUUAGUAUGUUUCAUUUACCAAAGAAGAAGCAGAGAGACAGUCAGCUGAUCGACUGUUUCACCGUCAGUAACAGCAUCAUGUAAAUGCACUGAGUUUACUAAGGAAGAGUCCAUAAUUACUGUCGGGACUUCAAAUAAAUAUGUUUUUAAUGUGACUAAUGUUGUUGUCAGAUGGAUGCAGAGCAGUAAAAAGCUGGUGAGGUCUCUGACCUGCAGCAGAGUAAAAGUCAGGAUGCUCGAGCUCGGAACAAGUGGCUGAAAAUCCUCUAAAGCUGACUUGGUUUGGAUCCUGGCAGAAACGCUGUGAGCCUUUACAGAGACGCACCUUUUUCUGCUCAGCUUAGCAAACAGCUUCAUGGCUCCACAUUUAGCAGAGCGAUGUGAGAGCGGUCCGACCCCCUCAAGCUGUGAAGGAAUCAAAUGUUAAACUAUGCAAAACAGGACAGUAUUGGGCACAUGCACAAUAUGAAGAAGCUGCACAUGAAUUAGCUUUAAAGAGACUAAAAAGUAAUGAAGAGAGGAGAAUGAAUGUGAAGAAAUGUUUUAGUUUCACUAUAUUUCUUUGAGAUAUUGUUCAUGUUUUUAUUUAUUUGUAUUUUCAUGUGAGGUAAUGAUGCAGAUUUGAUCCCUUUGAAGAGAUUUUUAAAGCUGUUUUUGUCAAACUGUCAGUUUCUGCUGGAUAAAGGUGUAAAGCAGGGGUGUCAGACUCAGUUUGCAUUGUGGCCACAUACAGCCCACCCUGUGUUAAAAGGCCCGGACCAGUGAAAGUGGCCUUUCUGUCAGCGUAAAGAAGCUUAAGUACAUAUUUAAUCCCUGACAUGUGUUCAUAUGAGACCAAGAAGGGCAGUCUGCACAGUACAGCUCAGUUUUUCUACGUGAUAAAUAAAAGCAGCUGCAGGAAAGAAAGAAACCUGCCAGCCUGACUCUUUGGGCUUAAAUGUUCAGAGAGCUCAUUCCUCACACUGUACUUAUAAAACACCAAGUUUUUGUUAAUUCACAGAAAACUUUUACUGUAGUCUCAUUAUUGAAAAAAGAAAUUUUCUGCCCUCAAACUGAUUUUCUGUUAUUUUAUUUCUGUGUUAUAGUAUGAAUGUGGAUGGUGGACGUCUUUAUCAGUAAGAAAAGCUGCAAACUUACGGAAAUACAGUUAAAAGGGCAAAAUGUAUGCCUUCCUUCACUUGUUCCACCGGCCGAAUUAGAGUCUUUGCUGGGCUACUUUUGGCCCCCCGAGCCUCCUGUUUGACACCCCUGAUAUAAAGACACCUGUGAACUUUAAAAUGUGACUGUAUGACUUAAUGUGGUCUAGAUGUACCGUCAGAGCUUUGUUUUUAUUUCUGUAGAGAGUUCAGUGAUAAUGUGAAAGAGUUUUGUGCUGAUGUGAAGUCAUGUCUCCCUUCAGUCUGACAGAUUCAUUUAAUUUUAAAUUGUGAAAGCCUCCCUGACUCCUGUGCGGCUGCUCGUCUCACCUCAAAACAGUUCAACAUAUCCUUAAAAGAAAACUUCAUUUUACUAUUUAACUAUCAAUAAAUGAGUUUCUUUCUAUGA